GAAUGCUGUUGUUUUACGGAGAUGCUGCUGCAGCCGAAAACCGCUUUUAUCAAGAGUUUCUUGCAUUUCCGCGGCUCAGGGAUGAUUUAACGAAUGCAUGAUCGAUUUUCCCCUUUGGAAGCUGGAAUAAGCACAUAAAGCAGAGGUUGGUUUUGUGGAUGUCGACAUCAGAGGACAGUCGAGCGCGUUCCAUCGAAUAUUCGGCCGGAGGAAACAGCGCGAGGGCUUGUUUAUAUUUGGAUAUAAAUCGAGCGUGACGCUUGAUGCUGUUCAUAACGAAGAACGGGAAUAAAAACGUAAAUAUCCCCGUAGAAGAGGCCCGAGUCCUGUCGUAAUUGAUAUACAUCCUUGUUUAUCCAUCAUUCACACAGGAACUGGAUGGAGGACCUUGUAAACCAGUGGAUUUGGCGGCAGGACUUCUGGCUUCCGCCUGGCGUCACAUGGCAGGACAUCGCUGAAGGGACGGCGGGCAGCAGUAGGCAUCCUGUCCCCCGCGACCUGCUUAUCUCGCUGCCAUUGGCGCUGAGUUUCAUCGCCCUGCGGUUUGUUUUUGAAAGGGUUGUCGCAUUGCCUCUCAGCCGACAGUUGGGAGUUCGUGACAGGGUUCGAUUUCGGGUCACGCCCAUCCCAAAGCUGGAGGAGUUUUACUUACAGACAAAGAAGCAGCCCUCACAGAAUGAGAUCAUGCUUUUGGAAAACCUCUGUGGACUCAACCAGCGCCAAAUCCAGAACUGGCUGCGCCACCGCAGAAAGCAGGACAUUCCCAGUAGCACCAGGAAGUUUUGUGAAGCUUCGUGGAGGUUUGUCUUUUAUCUCAUUGUGUUUUCGGCUGGUCUUGUCUCUUUGAUUAAUACUCCGUGGUUUUGGGAUCAUCGUGAAUGCUGGCGCGGAUACCCCAGACAGCCUGUAGCAGAGGUUCAGUACUGGUAUUACAUCGUGGAGUUGUCCUUCUACCUCUCACUUCUGCUCUGUGUUCCAGUGGACAUCAAGCGCAAAGACUUCAAGGAGCAGAUCGUUCACCACUUCGCCACCAUUUUCCUGAUCGCAUUCUCGUACUGUGGCAACUAUGUGCGCGUUGGAACUCUGGUGAUGUUAAUCCACGAUUCUUCAGACAUCCUGCUAGAGUCUGCCAAGAUGUUCCAUUAUGCUGGUUGGAGGAAGACAUGUGAUAUCCUAUUUAUCCUUUUUGCCACGGUAUUCCUGGUAACUCGUCUUGUGGUUUUCCCAUGCAGAAUUGUCUACACAACCAUUGUAGAUUCACUGGAAGUCUUUCUCCCGUAUCCUGGUUAUUAUUUCUUCAACGGCCUGCUCUUGACUCUUCAAGUACUGCACAUCUUUUGGGCUUGGCUGAUUCUUCGAAUGAUUUACAAAUUUGUCUUUUUAGGCAAAGUCGAACGAGAUGAACGGAGUGACGUAGAGAGUGAGGUUGAUGAAGUUGGAGAGGAAGAAUGCAGUUGGGAGCGGAAGAAGGGAGUCUUUAACUCCAAACUAGCUUCACUGUCCAAUAACUGCGUGCUGAACAAUUUAACCAAUCAGAGACGAAAGAUGAACAGCAGAACACCGAAAGCCAGAUAGUAAUACUGCAAUAUAGGAAUAUAGUUAGUUUGCUUUGUUUGUUUCCAUGAUUUGUUGUGUUUUAACUUAAGUCAACUCCCACCCUCAUGGAUUGUCUGUUGCGAACAAAGUCCAACUAUAUUUUCAGAUUGAUGUUUGAGUUCUUACGACAAUGUAGUAAAACCAGCGGAUUCCCAGAGUAAUGCUACUUGCUUGCACUGUUACAUUUUAUACCUUUGAUUGUGUUUGAUACAGGUUCAGAGUCUUGUCAUUAAUUCAUUUGUUUCAUUUAAUGAAUUAGUCUUGUUUUUAAAGAGCACAUAUAGCACCUAACAUUUAAAUAGAUGGUGCAAAUGACCAUUGUGCUCCAGUUGUAGUGUUGAAGAGACUGAAUAUUCAGUAUGUUUUAUUAAAUGAUUAAAAUGCAAUGUUGAUAUUUCUUCUAAAUUGUCGGAUCUUUUUGUUUGUGUGAAUUUUCUGUGAUGACUCAUUUUUGGUCGUGGACUGUUAGAAAAGACUUACAGUGACCUCUAGUGGUGUAAUAUCCACUUGUCUUUGAUACUACUGAAAGAUCUUGUUGCAAAAAACUACUGGAGUUUGUUUUGGAGUAUACACCGAUCAGCCACUACAUUAAAACCACCUGCCUAAUAUCGUGUAGGUCCACCUCGUGUCGCCAAAACCGCUCUGACCCGUCGAGGCAUGGACUCCUCAAGACCUCUGAAGGUGUCCUGUGGUAUCUGGCACCAAGACGUUAGCAGCAGGUCCUUUAAGUCCUGUAAGUUUUGAGGUGGAGCCGCUGUGGAUUGGGCUUGUUAGUCCAGCACAUCCCACAGAUGCUCAAUCGGAUUGAGAUCUGGAGAAUUUGGAGGCCAGAGCAACACCUUGAACUCUUCAUCAUGUUCCUCAAACCAUUCCUGAACAAUGUGUGCAGUGUGGCAGGACGCCACUGCCAUCAGGGAAUACCGUUGCCAUGAAGGGGUGUACCUGGUUGCAACUAUUUUAGGUAGGUGGUAUGUGCAAAAGUAACAUCAACAUGAAUGCCAGUACUCAAGGUGUCCCAACAGAACAUUACCCAGAGCAUCGCACUGCCGCCGCCGGCCUGCCAUCUUCCCAUAGGGCAUCCUAUGGCACGCUGUGAUGCUCUGUGUGUUCUGACACCUUUCUAUCAUGACAAGCAUCAAUCUGUGCUACAGUAGCUCUUCUGUUGGAUCAGACCAGACUGGCUAGCCUUCGCUCACCACAUGCAUCAAUGAGUCUUGGGUGCCCAUGACCAGUUGGACAACUUUUGGUAGGCAAUAACCACUGCAUACCGGGAACACCCCACAAGACCUGCCGUUUUGGAAAUGCUCUGACCCAGUCGUCUAGCCAUCACAAUUUGGCCCUCUGUCUAAGUCGCUGAGAUCCUGACGCUUGCCCAUUUUACCUGCUUUCAACAUAUGAAAUUAAAGAACUGAUUGUUCACUUACUGUAAUAUAUCUGACCCCUUGACAGGUGCGAUUGUAACAAAAUAAUCAAUGUUACUCACUUCACCAGUCAGUGGUUUUAAAGUUGUGGCUGAUCAAUGUGAAUUGCCUUAUUGAACGCAUGUGCCUCAAUCUAAAACGGUUUCUGAAUUUGAGUGCACCUAGAUUUCAAAGGAUAAAUGUUUUUAAGAUGUUUUAGGGCUGAAAGUUAUUAGUGUUUAUUAUACAUUAACACAAGUAGCCUCAAUUGUUCAUUUGCACAGUAGCCAUGAGCUGUGAGUUUGUCCUACACUGUUUAAACUCUGUUAAAUCACCUAUGAUUGUUUAUGUAUGGAUAAAUGUACGUUUCGUGUCAACAUUUUACUCUGUUCUGAUUUCGUAUGUAACAAACUGCACAUAUAUUAAUAACAGAUAUUGAGGAUAUUGUUGAUAGGAAAUAUGAAUAUCGAAGCGUACUUCUCGCUCAAAUUCCCGCCAUUUUCUCUCUGUGGCCACUUAAAUAAUAAAAUUGCA